AAAAUACUUAACUGUCACUAGUGUGUGUCAAAAAGUGCGCCGAAAAACAUUAAUUAUCUUAUUGUAUUACGAUUUAUUACAAAAUCAAGGGAAAUCUUGCUGAAAUGGACGAAAAUAUGAUAGAAACAAAUUUAAACAUGAUUAAGGAAAUGAUAUUAGACGAGGAAAAGCUAGUCACGUACGUUUCUAUUAGUAAAGAUUUGUGUAUUCACGUAAACGAUAGCAAACAGUUGCUCACACAAUUUGUUGAAGAUAUAAAGAAAAAGCAGCCUAAAAUUGAUCUAAAUGUGAAUUACAUUCUGUCUGGAAUAACUGGGGAUAAUAAAGCUCGAACAACCGUUGUAAGUGAUAAAGAAGUAGAAGAUAUCAAGAAGUCUUUCAAGAAUGUGUUCUAUGUGCAUAUAUACAGUGUAAACAGAGGGUUACCGUCUGUAGAUAACGUAGCUUUCAUGGCAGUAAAUAAAUUUGAAGAUUACCCACUAUACACAGGCUUAAUAAAAAGCAGUACAUGUAUUAAAAGAACCUCUGAUGAAAUUGGAGGUUUGAUAUUAAACAACCAACAAAAUAUUGAAAUUGAACAAAAACCGAACAGUAUACCGCAGAAAAAAAUUAAUGUAGAGGCUCAGAAGAAAUCAACAGACCUGAAAAAUUUGGGUGCUCAUGUAUCAGAGGAUAAAAGUGUUACCAAGGUGCAUGAGUCUAAGUCUGAGCCAAGUAUUAAAAAAGAAGUUGUAUCUCCCAAAAAAGAUUUAUCGAAUAACACCAAAUCUAAGCCUGAUAAGAAAAAUGGUGCAAAAUCACAAAAAGGGAUUGCAGGAUUUUUCAACAAAUCAAAUAGCAUGCCUAAUAAAGUUACACCAAAGGACAAAUCUCCAGAGAAAAAAGAAGUUGUGGUUAAAAAAGAACCUUUUAAUAAAAGUGAUCAUGAAGAAAUGUCAGUUGAGGUUGAAAAAAUGGAUGUAGAUGAGGAAGUUGAAAAGAAAGUAAAGCAACCUGUUAUUAAAAAAGAACAAGUUAAUGGAAAAUCUAAAAAUAAAUCACUUACUGAAAUUAAAAAAACUGCAAAAGUUGAUAAGAAAAGGAAGAGAGUAUUACAUGUAUCUGAUAGUGAGAGUGAUGAAGAUAAAGACCCAUUUGCUGAUGAACCUGAAGGUCAGGAGUCAGAAGACGAAAUCCCACCCACUCCUGCAAUUAAUACUGUCAAGAUCACUUCAGGACUUGUUAACCCUAAGAAGAGGAGGAAAAUUGUGGAUAAAACAUACACAGAUGAAGAUGGUUACAUCUUAACCAAGAAAGAGGAAGUGUAUGAAAGUUGUUCAGAUAAUGAAGAGGAAACUAGUACAAAAGAAAAUAUCCAGAAUCCACCAGCGAAUACAAUAAAACAAGAAGUUACAAUAAAAGAGAAGAAAAGUGCACCAAAAGCUAAUAAAAAGGUAUCUCCACCACAAAAAGGAAAGCAGGCCACACUUAUGAACUUCUUUAAAAAAGUAUAGUUAGGAUUUUUGUAAUUUUUUUACAAUCAUGAGAUACAUUUCUAACACUAAACUUGUCACGGAAAUUGUGUUAAAUUGUGAUUGUUGGUUUAUAUUUGUAACUUAGUACUGUAACAUUAUAUUCCUCCAAACUGGUUAAUAAAUUAAAAGUUCACAAGAACUAAA